AUGCCCAUAUUUGCUUACCUCGUUAGGGUGGCACUCUGGCUUCUCGCCAUACUCCAUGCCGGGAGUGCUGAAUCGCACAGUGUCGCCAAGGCUCUGGGUCGCGAAAUGCACCUUUUCAAGCUCGUCAAAGGACGGCACGUCGGGAGCGUCAUCCCAGUACUCGACCAAAAAGUCGACCGUGUCGUGCUUCCUCUUCACGAACGAGUGGUCAUCAUCGUCGUCAUUCUUCUCCAUCCUGCCCACGAGGUGCCGGCACUGGGAGAGGGUCCUCUCGAGGCCAGCCUUGAGCGCCUCCAGCACCUUGGGCCGCUCGCUAUCUUCGAGCCUGAAGUAGAUGGCGUACGAGUUGUACGUCAUGGCUGCGAGGUAGUCCAGCGUGGUGGUGUGUAUCCGCUCCUCAUCCGCAUCGUUCUCCCACCCCAGAGGGCGGAGCUUGUACGACUCGGUCUUGUUAGGCAUCGCGAUGAAUACGCAGCUGUGCAGCUUAUUCGUUCUCUACUAUGGGAGGAUAGUGUUGGUGCUGGUGGCCACCUCAUUGUGCUCAUGCAUCGACAAGGGCCCCCGAGGAGCAUUCCUAAACCACCUUGGGCUACACCAAAUGUGGCCUAG